AUGUUUCCAACUCCUGAUCUAUCUCAUUUUACUCGAAAUGAUUAUAAUCAAAUCUAUGAACCAGAUGCUGAUUCAUUUCUUCUUCUUGAUGCUUUAGAAUUAAAACUAAAUGAAAUUCUUGAACGAAAACCUUUUAUUGUACUCGAAUUUGGUUCCGGUUCAGGUUUAGCAACAACAUUUGUUGCUAAACAUUUUUGUUUAACAUCAUGUCUUUUUUUUGCUAUUGAUAUUAAUCCAUAUGCAUGCUAUUCAACUAAAAGAACAUUUCAACAAAAUAAUGUUCAUAAGAAACAUUGUUUAAAUAUAAUACAAUGUAAUUUAGCUGAUCCUUUAAUUGAUCGUUUAUCAUCAAAAGUUGAUUUAAUACUUUUUAAUCCACCUUAUGUACCAACAGAAACAUCUGAUGUUAAAGAAGUUAUUGAAAGAACCUAUGCAGGUGGUAAACAAGGUAUUGAAGUUAUAGAAAAAGCUAUUGAACAAGCAAGUCGAUUACUUUCUUCUAAAGGUUUAUUUUAUAUGGUAGGACUUGAAGAAAAUAAUUUUGAUAAAUUAAAAGAAUUAGCUAAUCAAAUGAAUGAUUCAUUAUUUUCUCGAGUUUUAUCAACUAUUCAAUAUCAUCAAUUUAUAGCUGGUCUUUUUGGUGGAAUUAUUUCAUCGAUUGUACUUCAUCCAUUUGAUCUAAUUAAAAUACGAUUUCAAGUAACUGAAUCGAAAUCAAAUAAAAAUGAUCGACCAUUACCAUAUAGACCAUAUUAUAAAAAUUUCUUUGAUGCAUUGCGAUCAAUCUAUCGUGAGAAAGGUCUGCAAGGUUUAUAUGAAGGUGUAACUCCAAAUGUUGUUGGUAAUGGAAUAUCUUGGGGUCUUUAUUUAUUUAUAUAUAAUACAAUUAUUGUUUUAAAUAAUGAUCAAGAUAAGAUGAAAAAUUUAACAUUUUAUUAUCGUGUAAUUUAUUCUACAGCAGCUGGUUUAUUAACAAUUAUAUUAACAAAUCCCAUAUGGGUUAUAAAAACACGUAUGUGUUUACAAUAUUCAAAAAAUAAAUCAGCUGUUACAUAUAAUAGCAUGUUUGAUGCAUUUCGAAAAACUUAUCAAGCAGAAGGAAUAAAAGCAUUUUAUAAAGGUCUUACACCUGGUUUAGUUGGUAUACUUCAUGGUACAAUACAAUUUUCAUCUUAUGAACAAAUGAAAAGUUUUUAUACGCAUGCAUUUCAAACAACAUAUUUUCCUACGCUUAUUAUUUUAAUAUUUUCUGCUUUAUCAAAAUUUAUUGCUGCUACAUCAACAUAUCCAACACAAGUUGUACGUACACGUUUACAAGAUCAACAUCAACAUUAUGAUGGUGUUAUAGAUGUUAUUAAGAAAACAUAUGAACAAGAGGGUAUUAGUGGAUUUUUUAAAGGUGUAGUACCAGCACUUUAUCGUGUUAUACCAGCUAGUUGUAUAACAUUUGUUUCCUAUGAAUUUAUUCUACACCAAUUAAAACGUGGAAUUAUUUGA